AAACCAAGCAUGAGUCAACAAGUUGAAACUCCCCACUCUCCCUCUCAAAAUAAAUAAAUAAAUAAAUAAAACUAAUUUUAAUUUUUAUUUGAAAAUAAAUUUUUGUUAUAAAUUAAUUUUAAUACUGUGUGACAAAAGAGCAAUAAAAUCCCAAUUAGAAUAUUAAUAAUAAACUUAGAACUCCAUUUAUAAAACACCGUCUUCUUCCUUCUUCGACUCUCUCUCUCUCUAAAGACUCUAUUAAACUUCUCAACAUUCUUUCUCUCUCUAAAACGCUCGUCUUCAUAAGAAGAUGACUCAAGUGGAUUUGGAAACUCUAGUUUCGGCUUGUGCAGGCGGCGGUGGAGGUUCCAUGGAUCGGAAAAUCGCCUGCGAGACACUUGCCGACACCGCCGAAAAACCACCGGAGCAAGACUCUGGUGAACCGGAGGUACCGCCGGAUUUCCCUCCGGAGUCUUUUUGGCUCUCGAAGGAUGCAGAGUACGACUGGUUAGACCGUAAUGUAUUCUACGAGCGUAAAGAAUCUCAGAAAGGAAAUUCACACUCGACGAACCUAAAUCCGAAUUUGAAUCCAGGAUCAAACUCGAAUUCGCAGCGAUUCUCGAUGAAUUUGAAAUCGAAGGCGGCAAUUAUCGGUCUUCCUAAGCCUCAGAAGACGCAUUUCGUCGAAGCGAAAAAUCGGAAGAACUGUAAAGCAGGGAACGCCAGGCUUUUCCCUAAGCGAUCUGCAUCAACCGGGAAAUCGGACGGUCCGAUGAUCGAACCUUCGUCGCCGAAGGUCUCGUGUAUGGGACGUGUGAGAUCGAAAAGAGACAGAAAGCGUCGCUGGAGGAAGAAUCGCCAAAGAUCGCUGAAAUCAUCGUCCGAACCGGCGGUGGAGAACGUUAAACCGGUGGAGAGACGAAAAACCGGAUUCUUCGCGACUUUUCGCGCCAUAUUCAGAACCGGUUGCCGAGAAAAAGCAGACGACGGAAGCUGGAGGCCGAUACCGAUUUCCGACUCUCACUCGGGAGAUAGUGUAUCGACGAGAAAUCACGAUUUCUCGGGAGUUGAUAUCGACGCGCCGUCGUUCGAGUCUCAUCCGAGGCGGAGCGUGGAAAUCGAAGCCCCCGGUUUGGGCGGUAUGAAUCGGUUCGCGUCUGGACGAAGAUCUAGUUCUUGGGUCGGUGAUUCUUCUGGUAUCCACGUGGCGUAAUCUGAUUGGGUGAGAAUCGUUUACUUGCGGCGUCGAUGGCGCGCGCGUGCCUGUGGGACCCGUUGGAGCCAAAGUUAGUUGAAAGAUGGUCGUGAUUGGCAGUCUGUGUGGGACCCAAUUCCAUUUUAAAAUUCUCGUUAGGUGACGUGGCACGUUCAAUUGACGGUUUGCCCAACUCUUUCGUUAACGGUAAAAGGAAACUUAAGAUUUCAACAUUUACGUUUCCUUUAAAUAUAUAUAUAUUUUUUGGUUUGUAAAUAGGAUAAAAUGUUUUUGUUGGAGUGCACAGUUGUAAAUUUUCUAUUUUAUUUUUUAAUAAAUAAUUUUUGUAAUUUUCAGAUUUUGAAGGAAGGAAUAUUUUUCAUACAAAA